AUAUGUCGCUCCAGCAAGGAAGAUGUUUGUAAUUUUCCUGAACUCUCAUCACCCUUGGUUGAUUAUGUUCAAACUGGGAAUAAGAGGCCUGGUUUUGUUCCAGCUUCCGACUCUAGAGUGCCUACAACUAUUUUUCUUGUUAUAGAUGAAUGUUUAGAUGAGCCCCACCUCCAGCAUUUACAGAGCUCUUUGCAUGCGUUUGUUGAUUCACUUCCCCAAACGACGAGGCUGGGAAUUAUAUUGUAUGGCUGUACAAUAUCAGUUUAUGAUUUCUCAGAGGAAUCAGUAGCAUCUGCUGAUGUGCUUCCUGGUGACAAAUCACCCACUAAGGAGUCCCUUAAAGCAUUGGUUUAUGGAAGUGGCGUAUACUUGUCACCUAUGCAUGCUUCAGAAAAAGUAGCACAUGAGAUUUUCUCAUCAUUGAGACCUUACAAAUUGAACAUUUCAGAAGCAUCAAGGGACCGGUCCUUGGGUGCAGCAGUGGAGGUUGCUUUAGCUAUGAUUCAAGGGCCAUCAGCAGAGAUGUCUCGAGGUGUAGUUAAAAGGGCAGGAGGUAGCAGCAGAAUUCUUGUAUGUGCCGGUGGUCCAAAUACUUUUGGCCCUGGAUCAGUACCCCAUUCUUUUAGUCAUCCUAAUUAUCCGCAUAUGGAAAAGACAGCGGUAAAAUGGAUGGAGCAUCUAGGACGUGAGGCUUAUCGAAACAAUACAGUGGUUGACAUUUUAUGUGCUGGAACUUGUCCUGUUAGGGUUCCUAUUCUACAACCUCUUGCAAAAGCUUCUGGUGGUGUUUUACUUCUCCAUGAUGACUUUGGAGAAGCCUUUGGUGUGAACUUGCAAAGGGCAUCUGCCAGAGCAGCAGGUUCCAAUGGUUUGUUAGAAGUACGCUGUUCUGAUGAUAUCCUUGUCACUCAAGUUGUGGGUCCUGGCGAAGAGGCACAUAUAGACACUCUUGAAACCUUCAAAAAUGACACAGCUCUCUCCAUAGAAAUGCUAAGUGUGGAAGAAGCACGGAGCUUCUCGCUAUCAAUGGAAAACAGGAGAGACAUCAAGAGUGAUCAUGUUUACUUCCAGUUUGCAUUUCAAUAUUCAAAUGUUUAUCAAGCUGAUAUAUCUAGAGUAAUUACUAUCCGACUGCCAACUGUUGAUAGUGUUUCAACAUAUCUUCAGAGUGUUCAAGAUGAAGUGGCUGCGGUCCUUAUUGCCAAAAGGACCCUCUUGCGGGCUCAGAAUUAUUCAGAUUUGAUAGAUAUGCAAAGGACAAUAGAUGAAAGGAUUAAAGACAUUGCCAAAAAAUUUGGAAACCCAGUACCCAAGUCAAAGCUUUUUCGCUUCCCUAAGGAACUUUCCCCCUUGCCAGAGCUCCUAUUCCAUCUAAGGAGGGGCCCACUGCUGGGAAGCAUUAUUGGCCAUGAAGAUGAGAGGUCUGUGUUGCGGAAUUUAUUCUUAAAUGCAUCUUUUGAUUUAUCACUUCAAAUGAUAGCUCCUCGUUGUUUAAUGCACCGGGAAGGGGGAACUUUUGAGGAACUACCAGCUUACGACCUUGCGAUGCAGUCUGAUACAGCAGUUGUUCUUGACCAUGGCACAGAUGUCUUCAUUUGGCUGGGUGCAGAACUUGCAGCUGACGAAGGAAGAAGUGCUGCAGCUUUAGCUGCUUGUAGAACAUUGGCUGAAGAGCUCACUGAAUUUCGGUUUCCAGCGCCUCGAAUCCUAUCAUUCAAGGAAGGGAGCUCCCUGGCUAGGUAUUUUGUUUCUAGACUGAUACCAGCACACAAAGAUCCUCCUUAUGAACAGGAGGCAAGGUUCCCACAGCUUCGGACCUUGACAACAGAGCAAGCCAAGCUAAAAAGCAGUUUUAUACACUUUGACGAACCUAGUUUCUGCGAAUGGAUGCGGAGUUUGAAAGUGUUGCCACCAGAACCAAGCUAAGUUUAAAUGUGUAAGCUCUAAAAGGGUUCCCUUGAAAAUGGCAUCCAUUCCAACCCAUGCCAGUUGGAAUUGGCAUUUCCUGAUCAUUUUUUGUUCCUCUUUGCUAAAGAGAAUGUAAUUUGAAUACCCUUUCCCUCCAACCCUCCUUAUUUUCUAAAAAUUUUUCCCUCUCAAAGAAUAUUAUACAUAACUGUAAGUGAUUGAGUUCAUCAGUGGAAAUGUUUUUGCCCCAGAAUAAAAGAUCACUUUUCUCUAA